GGUUAUACACGGGGAAAAAACAGAAUGUCGCCAUCGGUGUGGGUCAUCACCCAAGCAUGCAUCCCGAGGCAGGCAAGUGAGUAUGAGCGGGACAUACAUAACAUAACAAACGUCCUAUCGACGCACAUACGGCACAAGAUUUAAGCCAAUAUGCGUCCGUCCUCACCUCGAACUCAUAGUAGUUAACCAAGCUUUCCCAGCUCGGCUCAUAAAAUCCAAUUGCCGCCAUCUAUACCACCACGCGAAGUAAACCACCAAGCUCACCAACCAUGGCCGAGCAGAGCACCCCAGCGGUGCCGCCCGUAAAACGGCUCUGGUACCGCACGACACUCUUCAACGCCGUCGUCAUCGGCGCCGUCGGCUUCAUUGCGCCCGGCCUCUGGAACGCGAUGAACCAGCUCGGGGCCGGCGGCGCCGAGAAACCGUAUCUCGUGAACGCCGCCAACGCCCUCGUUUUCGGCAUCCUGGGUAUCACCUGCAUCUUCGGGGCGCCGCUCGCGAACCGCAUCGGGCUGUCGCGGACGCUAUUCCUCGGCGCCGUGGGAUACCCGAUUUACUCCGCGGGCUUGUACCUGAACAACCGGUACGGCGUGGAAUGGCUCGUCCUCGUGGGCGCGGUAACAUGCGGUUUCAGCGCGGGCUUAUUCUGGGCGAGCGAGGGCGCCGUGGCGCUAGGAUACCCCGAGCCCGGGAAAAGGGGACGGUACCUGAAUAUAUGGCUCUGGUUCCGUACUGGCGGUCCCCUCGUCGGCGGCGCCAUCGUGCUCGCCCUCAACAACGACGCAAACGCCAAGAAGAAAGGAAAAGUAAGCUACACCACAUACCUCGUCUUUACAGCGCUGCAGGCCCUCGCGGCGCCCAUCGCGCUUCUCUUGUCGCCGCCGGAGAAAGUCCAGCGCGCGGACGGAACCAAGGUCAUCAUCAAGGUCGAGGCGUCGUUCAAGGCGGAGUUGCGCGCCCUCUGGGAAGUAAGCACGCGCCGCGAGAUCCUGCUUCUCCUCCCCGUGUUCUGGGCCGCGUAUUUCAACCAAUACGCAGGGAAUUUCCAGACAUAUUACUUCGGGAUCCGCGCGCGGGCGCUCAUCGGAUUCACCUCGAACUUCGGAACGCUGCUAUCCUCGCAGCUCAUGUCCGCGCUCCUGGACUACCGCGGCGUGCCCGUCAAGAAACGCAUCGUAUGGGGUUUCUGGUACGCCGUGGCCUUGCACAUCGUCGCCUGGGUCUACGGGUGGGUUGUGCAGGAGAAGUACACGGCGAACCCGCCUGCGUAUGAUUGGGAGGAUGCCGGUUUCGUUGAGGGGUACUUCGUCAUUUUGCUUUGGGACUUCGCGAGACAGGGCCUCCAGAAUUGGCUGUACUACCUCGUCUCUACCAAGACGGACAAUAUCUCGGAGCUCACGCGUUUCUCUGGCAUUCUGCGUGGUCAGGAGAGCUUUGGGCAGGCCGUUAGUUACGGCCUGAAUACGCGCGCGUGGUACGGGGGUCGCGUGCCGUUGGCUGUGAACACGAUAUUGCUAGGUCUGUGCGUGUACCCUACCUGGCUAGUAGUCCGUGACCAUGUGCCAGUAGAGAUAUCGAAGAUAGAGGAUCCAGUCACUCCGGACGCGGGUGUGGAAAGUGACAUAGAGAAAGCGGCCGAAGCGUCUAUGGCCAUUCUGCCGCAGGAAAAGGGGAAGUUGGCCUCCUUAGAGGCUGGUGUCGGGAGGGAUACCGUGUAGAGGCUUGGUGUUGCCUAAGAAUAAUCACAACUAAAAAUGUUAUAUGAACUGUAUAUGUGCUGACUAUGUUCACAUGUGAUGGUUACGAGUAACUGGAGAGGGAAAUGAUGCUCUUGUGUAUCCCUCUAUAUAGCCCGUCGAUUAUGAGCUGUUACUCUUGAC